CACAUCGACAGACUGUGGCACACAGACGCCUCUACCUGCAGCCGGUGCGCACCGAAAACUACUCCACCAAGUUCAUCAGUGCGUCAUUUCACGGCGCGUGGAACAGGACAUACAUCCAGGAUCACCCAAACGAUUGUCUAUCAUAAAAAGGCAGCAGUGCUAUUCUUCUUGUUUUAUAUCAUGUAAUUGUUUUACAUAUUCCGCAAAGAGUGGCGAGCUUCCGAGUGUCUUCAGAACCACCGCGCGCUAUUUCGCCGUCAGAGGACUUCACCGCUUGGAGUCACUUCUGGUUUCUCGUCUUGAAAGCAUGUGAUGCGCUGCGACAGAUGGAGCAGAACGACAAUGAAGAGGUUAACCACACCUUUGAAAGCGGACAUCUCAUCAGUAGCCUCUUGACCAACUUUGUUGCGCAUUAAGAUGCGCCCCACAGAAGAGGAGUUGGAUGAGGAACUUUUUGCGCUCUUGUUGACAGACAGUUUCCAGUGAGCUUUUGCCACCGUCAGAAGGGAAAAAAACCCACAAGGACCUCCUAUGUAUUUAAGAAAUAAUCCAACUCGGUGUUGGCUGAGCUCUUCAGUACUUUAAACUUUGCUCCUCGAGGAUUUGCUGCGUUCACCAUGACGGUUCGUCUCUCACGGAUCCAACUGGCCCUGUUCUUUAUUUUGCUCUGUCCGGUCAAUAUCAUCGGACUUUGGUGGGCGGUGGGCAGUCCGCUGGUGAUGGACCCCAACAGCAUUUGUAGGAAGGCGAAGCGCCUGGCGGGGAAGCAGGCUGAGCUGUGCCAGACUCAGCCAGAGAUUGUCAGUGAGGUGGCCAAAGGAGCCAGGCUGGGCGUCAGGGAGUGCCAGUACCAGUUCAGGUACCGCCGGUGGAACUGCACCAGCCACAACAAGUAUUUUGGCAAAAUACUGCAGCAAGAUAUCCGGGAGACCGCGUUUGUUUAUGCUAUCACAGCGGCUGGUGUGACCCACGCUGUGACCCAGGCCUGCAGUAUGGGAGAUCUCCUGCAGUGUGGUUGCGAGGCGACCAGGAACAGAGCACCUCCGAGGCCGUCAUCGUCCUCUGCCUCUGGUGAUGGAGUCAAAUGGGAGUGGGGGGGGUGCGGUGACGAUGUAGAGUUUGGUUAUGAAAAGUCGAAACAGUUUAUGGAUGCCAAGAGAAGAAGAGGCAAGAGUGACAUCAGGACACUCAUUGACCUGCACAAUAACGAGGCUGGAAGGCUGGCUGUGAAGCUCUACAUGCGGACAGAGUGCAAGUGCCACGGACUGUCGGGCUCGUGCACCUUGCGCACGUGCUGGAAAAAGAUGCCUCAUUUCCGAGAGGUAGGCGACCGCCUGCUGGAGCGCUUCAAUGGUGCUUCCAAGGUGAUGGGCGGCAACGAUGGCAAGACCCUGAUCCCUGUCGGCCAGAACAUAAAGCCACCAGAUAAACAGGAUCUGAUCUACUCUGACGAGUCGCCCGAUUUCUGCCUCGCAAAUCGGAAAACUGGUUCACUGGGGACAAGGGGGCGCAUGUGCAACAGCACGGCCAUGGACAUCAGCGGCUGUGACCUGCUGUGCUGUGAGCGUGGCUACCGGGAGGAAACGGUGGUGUUAGAGGAAAACUGUCUGUGUCGUUUCCACUGGUGUUGUGUGGUCCAGUGCAAGAAAUGCUUGGUUCGAAAAGAGCUUAGUCUCUGUCACUGAUGAACUGAUGAACUGAGGUUGACAGCAGUCAGUAUGACUUGGUUAAUUAUAAAUACUUCUCUUUGAGUUUUUUUUUUUUUUUUUUUUUUUUUUUUUGAUUUGGCUAGUGUGAAAGAAGGAUCGUUUUUGGAUUUUUAUGAUGGUCAUUUUAUUUCCGUCUUUACACCAGUCACGUUGUGAUAAUGCCCUAAACAUGUCCAGUGCAAAUAGCAUUUGAUCCCAUGUUCCGGCUGUUUGGGUAGCAGGAAUUUUAACAUAAGAGGUGCUGGCCAAAGGUUCAAAAGGUACCAAAAAUAUAUGCAACCACAUCAAAACCAAGGCAGGGGAGACUAAAAAAAAAAAGUAAAAUGGAGAAAUAUUUCUUUCUGAACUAUCCUUUUUUCUUCAUCUUGUACAUAAAAAAGGACCAAAAAAUAUGGAAAAUUGUAUUUUCCAUCUCAAUUAAAGAGGAGACCCUAGGCAGGAAGUUUUCUUAGUGUCACUUCUGCUCACAGUUCAACAGCAGAGCAUUAUGUUGACUGUCAUUUAAACCAAAGAGUUUUUGACUUCACCUUGUGCUGAUACAUCUGAUUUGACUACGGAAUUUGCUUAACUGAUGGUUACUUCCUGUUGUUAACCUGCCCAACUGCCCAUUCUCACAUGGUACAUAUACAAUUUACAAUAACAGCGCAAGAUUCACCACUAAAAAUUCUCUGCAGGCUAAUAUUAUAUUAUAACAAUGGGUUCAGUGCAACCUUGCAAUUUUGUCCAAUAACAGCAACCUUACCCAGAAAUUGACAAUUUAAAAUAAGUUAAAUCCAAUCUCAUUGUACAGGUGCCUUUUGGGGAAGGGGUUUAGUGAACAGUCAGUCGCAUGAGCUGGCUGCUAGUCUACAAGGGCCAAACUGAUGAUUAUGGAGCCUUUUGUGCCUCCAUAGGUUCUUCAGUGUUUUAUAUGUUAUUUUGAAAAAAUAUUUCACUCCCUAAAUGACCAUUUAUAUAGCGCUUACUCACUAUGCUGAAUUUGUUAAUAUGUUUUUUUUUCCUCUCAUGCCUCCAAAACAUGAGAAAUUUCUUCAUUGGGAUCCACAGCAUAACUGCAUCAAAACAUCAAUUGACAAACUCCCACAAACUGCAUGUAGUACAAUCCAAGUCUCAGUUGUCCAUUCACAUGAUCAGUACUUCCCAAACAGCGAGCCCUUUUCAACGGGGAACUGAACUGAAACUUAUUGAUGCUCUCAUUGA